AUGGAUUUAAUAUCAUUAGGAUUGACACCUCGUAAAUCGAAAAAGAUAUUGCAAAUAAUCAAUAAUAAUAGGGUUUCACGAGAUAUUGAACUGGAAUUCAAUCAGCUUAACUCAUAUACAAAAGCAUUUUUAGUCAACCAAUUGUCAAUUGAUUCAUCACAACAGGAAGAACAAGACUAUGAAGGGCAUCAAUUAAACGGUGAAGUUAACGAUAAUGUUUUACAAGUUUUCCAAGAAUUGUAUUUUUUAUUAGAUGUUGAAAAUUUCAAAUUCAAUCAUGUUUACACAGACAUUGAUUUGAAUAAAUUGAAAUUGAUUUAUAUGAAACUCACUAGUAUUGGUGGUGAUGGAUCGUUGAAUGACAAUACGAAAACAGUUUUAGAAAUUAUAGAGAAGUAUAUAAUAUUGAUAACGACAUUGAGUUUAACCAAUUCCCUAAUCUAUAAAACUUUGAUUUUGAAAAACCAACAGGUUUAUUGGCAAGCAUUGAAUAAUUCAUCCACAAUUAAUAAAUUAAUAUACUUUAUGCAAACAUCACCCAUAAAGUUGUAUAAUUUUGGUUGUGACACUUUUGCAAAAACCAGAAGAAUGCUAUUCCAUAACAGUAAUGAUGAUGGGAGCAAGGUCUAUCAAUUGUCCAGUCAAUCAGGAGGGAAAGAAGAAGAUAAUAUUUUUUCUCGUUAUUUAUUAGUCAUCAAGAAUGUUUGUAAACUUGCAUUUAAUGGGUUGAUAACUUUUGUACGUCAACAAUCACUGCCAUCAAUUGGUUUUAUAUUUUUGUCCAAUGAUAGAAGUGGGAAGAAGCACAAAAAAAAGCAAAGAACAUUAUCGAUCAAAUGGUAUUUGCAUUCAAUUAAACCUGUGAUCAAAUUCCCAAUCAACUUGGUUGUCAAGGAAGCAAAGUCUAAAUUACGCAAAAUUGAUCAUGAAAUUGCCCUUAAUGUUGAAAAUAUUGAUAAAUUAAUCAAAACUAAUCCAAAAGAUUACUUGGAAACGUUGAGCGUAAUUUUACAAUUAGACUCAACUCAGGACCACCCAACAUCACAGGACCUUAAUACAGUUUAUCAGAAAAAGAAGAAUAUGAUAUUACAAGCAAUGGAACAUGUUGUUAAAUUUGAUAAACAAUCCUAUGAUUUAACCUCUGCUCCAGGGUUCUUGACAAGAUAUUGGAUAAUUAUUGCAUUGGUUAUUUUUUAUGGACCUUCGCAAACCAAAAAAGUUUAUGCUAAUCGUCAGGAAAUCAUUUAUUGGGUUAAGUAUAAUGGUAUUGAACCAGUUGUUGGGUUUUUCAAAAACUGGGUGAUUAAACCAGUGUACGACAUGUUGGAUAUUUUGAGAAAUACUAGUAGUGAUAGUCAAUUAUCCAUCACUAGUAAAGAUUCAUUGAAUUCUGAAUUUGAUUCGUUAAACUCAAUGAUUUAUCAAUUUGCUCAAGAUAAUCAUAUCGAUGUUAGUGAAUCACAAAUUACUGAUGAUAUUAAAAAUGGUGAUUUGAAAAUUAUAAUGUCGACUUAUGAAAACGAAAUCAAAUCACCCAUUAAAUAUUUAAUCACAGGAUCAUUAUUAAGAUUGAUCUUGAUUCAAAUACAAAAGGGUAAAGUUGAUGGAGCAAUGGCAAUAAAUGGCAUUGAUAAAUUGUUGAAAUCACAACAAUUAUUAUUUGCUAUGGUGUCAAUAAGUCCGUCAAUUUUAAUAUUGUACCAAAUGUACAGACUUUUAACCAAUAGUGGCAAAGGAAAUGGCAGCGGUGCUGCCUCGAUAAUGAUCAAUGGUAAGCAAUUGAAUAUUGUAUGUUUAAAAUGUUUAAAUAAUAUUGAGAAUUUAUUGAUAUUGUUGCAAUUACAAGAGAAGAAACCUCAACAGAAAGAACAAAACAGUAGAUCUACGGAAAACGUUAGUAAUAAGCAUCAUCAAGAGUUUUAUGAAGGGGAAUUAUUAAUUGAAAUAAUCAAUUUGUUUGUUUUCUCAAGUUAUUUAAUACCCAUUGAUUUGAAAGAUGAUUGGAUCGAUGAUUUAAAUGAAUUGAAUAAUAAGCAAUUUGAUGUCACUACCAAGCUUGACUUAAUUCGUAAGAUAUGGAAUAUGUAUGGUGCUUAUUUUAGAUGA